GCGAUAUUUGAUAGAAACCUGGGCCGACAUGGCUCUUUCUAUUUGCAAAUGGAAUUAAUUUGAUUAGUGAUAAACUAAUUAAAGUGAAUUCAGCAAAAUUACAUGUUCACUCCUCACAUUGUAAUGCUCAUACGCGGAUACCAUUAAGAUGACUGAACUGGUCAGUUAAGAGUUUAAAUGGAAUUUAAGAAUACGGGGUAGCUUUGCCAUGGGCAUGAUCAUCACCAGCGCAUUCGUCGAGUGCCUUCCAUGAAGGACCGUAUUGAGCGAAGAAGAAUACGUGAUGCUGCAUUCGUUGGUAAUCCCUGAACAUGGAUUGGAAGUAUAUUUCAUGCAACAGGCUCUAUGUGAAUAAUUUUGAUUUAGAGGAAACAGUAUGACUGACCAAUUCAGAACAAUGUGAUCCGCGAGCUUCGAAAGAAGUUAACCACGAGGAUGAAUAUUUUGAAAACUGAAUACAAAACCCAUCUGCAAUCAUUUCGCGUUUAAUUUUAUUCCGUGAUUCUUUCUGUAGUGCUAGUUGUAGUUUUUCAAUAGUUCGUAGUUGUUUCUUACACCAAAACCAAUAUGAGCACAGUGCUUCUUAUGUCCGAUACUUGGCAGCCGACAGUUCUUAGAAUCGUGCCAUUUUCCAGCAAUAACGCAAGAUCUCACGAUCCUCGGAGAAUGACCGGGAAAAAUCCGUCUGCCAGUCGUGGAUUUCCGGUCCUUGCAGUAACUAGGCCGCCGAAUAGUAACUUGGGUUCGGCAAAUUCCGAUAUGAGGUCGGACGUUAAAUCAGUGAACUCGCUAAGGUCCGAUGUGUUUCCGGAAUCGGACACAGUGUCAGUGUAUUCGGAUGCACAUCAAUCCGGAUGUUCCUCUAACACAUCUCGGACAAACAAUUUGGAGUCUCCGUUUAAACGAACUAAGAAAUUUAAAAAGAAAGUUCCCGAAAUUCACUCAGAAAUGAAAGAAGCCUUGAAAUUCAGUGUUCAGGACAUAAACGACCAACUGUCUUCUUCUUCAUCCUUUGUGUCGUCUGAAAACAAAGAUGAACAGGAGAAGGUUGCGCGCGUGGAUAACACGCGGACUAAGCUUCCAAAACCGAGUUUCCCAUCUUCAGAUGCACGGACAUUUUGUUCACCUGUUAACGGCGUUAGACGUUCUGUACCAUUGACUCCUGGUGAAAUGGAACUCCAGAGAAUAAGAGACAGUAACUAUGUGGAGCAAGUGCAGAAGAAGAAGAAAUUUAAGCUGAACGUUAAUCAGCUCCCGAGAAGCACAACUCCCAUUAACGACCAUGAUCCCGACAAACUCAACAUGAAACAAGUGAUAGCAUUUUUACAAACAAAAACCUCAAAGGACAUCCAGAAGCGGAUAUUGAAUGACAAGAAAGGCUUACCUUAUGGGGAGUCAAGAUCAAGUUCAACGCUUUCGAGAAAAGAUUCUGGGGUGUCUGUGAAAGAACUUUCUUCACAAGUUCCAAAUGUUGUGUAUGCAAAGGAUAAUGUUAAAGGUUUACCGCGGUGUAACUCUGAGCUAAAGGCUAUAGACCAACAAGAGAAAAACGUAGAUGACAAUCGGCGAGCCUCAGGGUGUGCGUCGAGUAUGUCGAUCAAGAGUGCACCAAACAUGCUUCAUGAUGGCAAAACCACUGACAAAGCCAUGAAGGCAAAGAGUGUAGUGAGUGUGCGGUCUUUCAGGGACAGAACCCGAGCUAAGCGUAACGAGAGGCAAAGGCCAAUGAAGGAAUUUAAAUUAUACCGUUUCUUGGCCAUAGCACCUGAUGAAAACCAUCCUGGUUUGACUACAACGGUGACGGAAUCAGUACCGAGUUAUGAAAAAAGUAUCAGGUUUAAUGAAGUUCGAUCCAAAACUGUUGAGUCACCACGUAAAUCAGUUCCUUUUCGGAAACCACGAGAAACCGGGACUGCGCAUGUGCUACACCGUCACGUGCUAAACAGGGCGACCUUGACCCCACCAAAGGUUGAGGUUAAGGAAAUUACACCUGAACCGUCACCGAGGGCCAUACGUUUACCGAUUAUGACCGAAUCCGGGCGGAAUACACCAGAACAGGAAGAAGCACCAGAAAAUGAGGACGAAACGUGGUCGACAACCUCCGCAACGUACAAUUCCACCAAAAACGAGGAAAGACUUGCGAUGCCUAAGAAAGGUAAAGCCAUAGCUUUUGAUGAUAAGGUAGAAGUGAAUAAUGUCUCAAAUGACGAACCUGAAAUUACAAGUGCUGUGAUAAACGGAUAUGAGUCUCAAAAUGAAUUUCCAGUGCGGACAUACAAGCACCCGACUUUUCCGCGAGUAAACAUAUCGGGUCCGAAGCAUAUACAUAUCAGCGUUCCACAAGAGAGCAAAAAGAGCUACUCCCAAGAGAUUGUGCGUCUAACAUUAAGACAAGACAAGAACGCAACUCGUGUUACUAGUUAUAUGAGUGACAUACAACAGGCUGAUCUGGACACAUAUUCUGAAGUUGACAAUGGAAAUGAAAGUGACCAACAUUGGGUGAAACAUGGUGAAACAAGCGAACAGGAACAGCGCUGGGUUAGGCACGGUGAGCCAAACCCGCAGGAACGCGCAGAAUGGGUGGAACAUACGCGACAGAAUUUACAUGCAGUUACAAAUAACAAUUUCAUCAAAGUUAGGCGGAAACUUAAGACUAAUAUGUACAACAAUGAAUAGUUAAUAUAAUGUUUAUUAUACAAUUGUUUUCAUAUGUUUAACUAUAUCAUGAAAGCAGUAUUAAAGUUAUAAACUAAAUCAGUGAGGCCAAAAGUCGAAUAUAUAUUUAUAUAUAAAUACAUGUAUGUCAAUGCUUUAGUAUAAUUAAAGGCAAUUUAUUCUCAAAGGUUUGUUCAAGUAGCAAUACAAGAAAUGCACCCUUACUGUCCAUGAUCUUGCAUAAGAUACAUGGUAUAAAGAACACGAUGAAUACCUUGAAUGCCUUAGGUAAACUUCGAAUAGAAUCUCUAUUAUAGCUUUUCCCUUCUCAAUA